AUGGCAAUGACGCAUAGACAUACUUGCCCAAGUGUGUGCGAGCAUAGCAAUCGCGUUCUGGACGUUGUUUUCCACUAUUUUGCUUGCCUUCGAGACUCGGAAAAGGCCGUGUAUUUCGCCAACCUCCCCCAGGCGUCCCAAAGUCGAAUAACCAAGGAGCAAGACAGAGCUCGAAAAAUCGCGGCAUCGUUUGAGAAAAACCCUAAUGCUCCAGGAGGUAUUCUACAAAUAAAAUUCAGGCAAAGCCUUCGAGCCUGGAGGGGAAAUCCUGGAAAGCCACAGCAUGAGGAUGGCCAAUUGUUUUCGUACACAGCAGACGACGACGUCGAGAGCGACAUUCAAGCCCGACUGAUAUUUUUCAAGAAUUCUCGACCAUAUGAUUCCCCAGCAUUCCCUAACGAAUUUCCUGACCAGAAAAUGCCUUUGAAGCGCUUAUUGGCGAAUGAUCCGGAAACUAAUCCCCUCAUGCAAAGUUGCGACGAGGAUCUGAUACGAUACUUUCACUUACCAGCAAAUAACAUGAAGUGGGUGGAAGAAGCAAUCGCACGAUACUACCACGAAGGUCGCCCAGAUCACGAUAACUUCCAUCACCAAGCACGCCGAAGUCGACAUACCAAAUCCGAGAUGAUUUUGAACCCAGAGUUCUGGCGAGGCCAACAACUCGGAGAUGCUGGAUCAGAGGUUCACGCUCGAUCAAUGAGACCGCUAUGCGAAACUAUCUCUACGAACGCUGUAUCAGCGGAGGCUACACCGAGGAAUAUUGUUUUAUUUAUGCCAUACCUACACUGGGAAACUGAUCGUGGGCGGAGAAUAGCUGCUGAGGUCACUAAAGAGGCAGGCAAAGCCAUGUUCGCGUCGUUAGGAGAAGUUGUCGACACCGUCACCGCUGAGCGACCUACAGAGGAUCAGACUCUGACCCGCAUACCGACAGAAAAAACAGUGGUGGCUCGAACUUUAGUCCAAAGACGGGCACUUCUUGGAUCUUUACUUCUUCUCGCUGCCAAGCUUUCCGAAGCUACAGAUUCGUUUAUCGAUGAAAAGCUUAUGUUACAAUAUUUACACAAGGACGCACAAUUGCAUCCUCGCAGGACUUUGGACCAGUCAUAUUAUGGUGCUCUCAAAAACACCCAAGCCCGCGACAGAGAUCAAGUUGUGUACAGAGCAACUACCCCGAGCUCACAUGAAUGUGCGAGAAAGUUUUUUAAGGAUGCUAAUUGCCGGCGUUGCCAGGAAGACAUCAGAAAACGGCCACGACUGAUUAUGGUGGACCAGUUGUGGCUGUGGGUUCUGGAUGAGAAAACUGUGAUCACGAGCUUUCCAAAAAGAUGGGGAAGGAAUAUUGCGGACAGUUCUGGAGUCCAUGCAAGUAUACGUACCCGCCUUAUUUCUGCUAGGCAAGACGAGAUUCGAUCCGCAUUCGACUUGGCCAUAAUUAUUGUCGACCAAUGUUCCCGGGUUUUCUUUGACAGGACAAGAUCAAUCGGCCAGCAACCAAAUCUCGGCGAUAUAUUCGCUGACUCAAUUCGUACAGUGACUUACAAGCAAACUGCUGCAUUUGACGCCUUUCUCCAGUACACGCAUCUAGCUUCUAAAGACCACCAUUCAAGAGACACACCUUUCGGAGGAUCAUCCGCGAUGGAGAAUACCUUGCUUAACAUUAAUCCGGAAGGUAACCUACUAAAAGAAAUUAAAGAUAUUUUAGACGAGCUACACAUUUUGACGAGGGUAAAAAUCCAGCAGCAAGUGGUGGCGGAGACAUUUGUCAAACACAUUAGACAGAUUCUUCUUCCCAAAGUCGCUGCUGCAAAUGAUUUCAACCUGGCUCUUCCGAGCGAGGCAAGUCUCUUGGCACCCGGCACUCCAGGUGCCCCUGGACAGAAAGAUUCAAUUGAGAUGAGACGAGAGCAAUUAGCAGGCGCCAAAUGGACACUUGCUCGAGCCGAAGUGUUGUUAACAGGUAUUGAGCGGCGGAUCGCAGAGCUGAAUACUCUAUCCGACGCUGCUCAGCACACCUCAACAGCUCUCAAAGAUCUCCUUACGUUGAAACAACAACAAGCCGGUGUAAUUGAAGCUCGUGAAGCUGUCAAACAAGCUUCGGAAACACUCAAACAAGGAAGAUCUAUCAUGUUAUUCACCGUCAUCGCCAUAAUAUUCCUCCCGCUCUCCUUCUGCACUAGUCUAUUUGGAAUGAAUUCGAAGGAGUUCAGCGACGGCUCCAAACUCACCUUACGCCAACAAUUCUCAUACAUGUUUCCUAUUUCAGUCGCCAUAGUCAUUACGUCCUUCACCCUAGCCUUCAGCUCUAAUACCUUCCUAUCAGGAAUUUUCACAGUGGCAUGGGCAACUGUCGCAUACCCAAUUAAUGUCGCAUUUACCUGGCUGUUAACUCGGAGCGGGAUUUACACUUUCAGUCGCGGUCUCAAGGGCAAGGCAAAAGUUCUGGCGGACAGGAAGGAUACUAUUACAGCUCAUAUGAAGUCAGAUGCUUUGAGGGAGAGAAUGGAGUGGAAAGUUGCUAAGGAAUUGUCGAGAGAGCAGUCCGUGGAUCAUGAGUUGAAGAAGAAGAUGAAGAAGAAGAAACACCAUAGGGAUGAAGAGGAAGGUGUGGGCACUAAGAUGCUUUCGCCGAGCGCGUCGCAUGAGCUGCUCAGUUAUCCAAAGACUGUGACGUCGGAUGUGUCUUCACUCCCCUGA